ACGCAUUCAAGAUAUUCUUGUUCUUCUGUCAUUGGUGAACUUCAAUUGGUGAAAAAAGUGUAGUGUUGAAUUGCAAGUAAACAGAAAGCGGAAAAGUUUGGAAAGAGAAGGUAAAAAUCGCGAAACUAACUAUCGUCAAUUCGUAUCAGAGCCAAAAAUUAAAAAAGGUGGAAAUUUUGAAUAACAGUCAACACACAAAAUGGAAAAUGUUUUAUUUUCAAACUUGAAGAAGUUAUACGACAGUGAACUCUACAGCUGCGUGAUUUCUGUGGCCAGCCUGCUUACAACUGUCUAUCAAAAUGACAGAUUGGUUGCAACUCCCGAACAGGAGUACCAGGUACUUUUGUUUCGUGGAGACGCGUACUAUCAUGAACGAAAGUUUCGUUUGGCAGCAACACACCUGCAUUCGGCUCUAACUAUGCGAAAGACCCUUAUGAGGCGUAAGAAUCCUAGUUUUGAUUGGAUCGAGAACACCUAUGAUCAGUUUACGGAGCUAGAAAUUAAAUAUCGUCUAGCUAUAUGCUAUCGUAAGUUGAAUGACUCGAAUUUGGCUAUUUCGACAUUGCAAUCGAUUCCGAGUAAGUCAAGACUUCCAAAGAUAAACAUGCUUCUGGCAAAGCUACAACAUCACCACUCAAGAAAUGCAUUGGAAGCUAUUGCCUCUUACAAAGAUGUACUGCGUGAUUGUCCAAUGGCAUUGGAGGCUAUAAGUUCACUCUUGGAAGUCGGCGUUGAUGGAAUUGAAGUCAAUUCGUUAGUAGUGAAUGUGAGUUCGGCUCCCAAAAAUGUUGAAUGGUUAAGUUUGUGGAUAAAAGGCCAUGCUCAAAUAUAUGUUCAUAAACAUCUGGAUGCGUCAAAAACAUUCCAAUCUAUUAACGACAACACAAAACUCCAUCAAAACGAUCAUAUUCUAACGUUAAUUGGAAAAGCUCUCUACUACAACGGGAACCAUGCUCAGGCGCAGCAGUAUCUAGAAACAGCACACAUGAUAAGUCCAUAUAGCACAGAACAUAUCAUGCCAUUGGCCGUGGUCUAUGCGAGGAAUAAUAAUCUAGCAGAGUUGGAAAAGCUGGCUAGCCAACAAUCCAAUAUCAAUGAAUUUAGUUCGGAAAAUUGGUUUGUCAUGGCUGAGAGUCUAUUGGCGAAUGGAAAAUACGAACAGGCUUCCUAUUUUACCCACAAAGCAAUUGCGUUUGAUCCAACAAAUGUUGAAGCGUAUCUUUUGCGUGGGAAGAUAUUUCUUCAGUUAAAACGAUAUAAGGAAGCAAUUCAUUGUUAUAGAACAGUUCAGAGUUUGGCUAACUAUCGUUUUGAGAUGUACAAAGGUCUUGCGGGGUGUUACAUCGGACUUAAGCGCUUAAAAGAUGCACAAACAAUGUGUGCUUUGGCUGCACGCUAUUUCAGGACUUGCCCAAGGGGCUAUGUGCUACUUGCCAGUAUACUUCUGUACUCUUCGAAUACAGUUACAAAACGUCAGGCAAAGACUUUUAUAAAUCGGGCUUUAGAAAUCGACCAGUUCUACUUUCCGGCCGUAUCAGCGAUGGCUCAGAUCCUUCAAUCUGAGGGAGAAACACAGGAGGCCAUAAAGCUGUUGAAAAAACAAGCGGCUAGCUAUCCCAGUUGCAAGCUUUUCACAAUGCUUGGAGAUAUUUUAAGUAGCGAAAAAGACUUGGAUGGUGCUUUGGAAUACUACACAAUUGCCCUAAGCAUGGAACCAACAAACCACCGAGCUUUAGAGGGUGUAAAUGCCCUUGGACAGGCUUCUGAAACAACAACAAAACAAGAUGAGUGUUCUUUAGCAACAACUUCACAGGAUGAAGAAUGGCCAAUCGAUUAUGAUGAACCAUCAAUUGAAGCAGUUGAGUUUUCAUCAACAGCUGCUGCUAAUCCAGAUGGCGAAUCUGAAAGCGAUCCGAUAUGGUCGGAUGUAGAUGCUUAGGCUAUCGUAGUUUUAUCUUUUAAUUAUUAUAGUUAUUGAAUCAAUACAAUUCAUUUACAGUUAUCAAUUAUUAUUAUUAUUGUUAAUCUUAUUUUUCAGUUAAAUAUGAUUUUCCAUUUUUACUUUACCAAGCGAAAGAU